AUGGACAAGUUUUUAGGCCGCUCUGGACAAAGCAGUGAAACUCCUAAAAGAAAGCCGAAUUCUGCAACCGAUGGGAGUAAAGUUAAUAAAAAAUCAAAAACAGCUGCUUCUCCAAAAGAUUCAUGGCGUAAUAUUCAUGAUUGGUUAGAGUAUCGUAAUAUUGAUGAGAAAGUUUUUAUGUUUUGUACCUGGUGUGAGAAGGCGGGUUAUAGCAAUCAAUUUGCUAAAGGGUGUAAUACUUACAAGAAGGAUUUAAUCGAUAGGCAUGUUAAAAAUAAAGAGCAUAACCUUUUAGAAAAAGCAAGAAAAGGAAAUCAACCUAAUAUUAUUCAAA